AUGUCGUCGGGCCAAAACAUAUCCAUAGACAGGAUACGUCUAGAGUCCAUCGAACACAGGCGCCAGACAUGCAAUCAAGUGAUAAAAUCUAGGAAGAGAAAGCUCGGCGAGCUUUAUUGCAUCUCCAGAUCGCCUUUGCUGCCCAUUUCUGAUGACCAGGUUUUACAGAUGGAGGACAAGCUGAUGGCUUUUUUGGAAAAGAAUGAACUGGAGAAUGGCCAUGAGUUCGAUAUCGUGACGCUUACGGAAAAACAGAAUGCCGCUAUGGCUCAACAGCAGAAGGCUCAGGCGAUUGUUUCUGGUCAAGCACAGAGAAAUGAAGGAGCCCGUACGGAUAUUGAGCGACUUUCGAGUGAACCGUCUCUCACGGAGGGUGUUUUGAAAGACGACCAGCCCUUGGUGGAACCUCCUCAAAAGCUCACCAAAUCCGACGACUUGUCUGUUUCUUUGCAAGCCAUGGAGUCAUCCAAGGAAGAAAGCGAAGCUGACAAACCCGACUCUCUCGUGAUAACGGAAAGACAUAUAGAGAACUCACCCGAUGAAGCACCCACACUCUCUUCACUUAUACGGAAGCGUGCUGAAAAAGAGUCCUUCAAGAGGGCUGACCAAAAAACAAGCAGGGAUCUGGAUAUCUCCCAGGUGGAAAUGAACGAUCUUCUUGUUUUGUUGAUGCCUGAGAAACUGCCACACAAGGUGCUCGAGGCAACCUCUUUGACUGAGCUCUACUACCAUUCACAAACUCUGCCCAUUAUCAACUUGAUUUUGAGAACUCACAAGUCAUUGUCUACCGAUGCUUAUGAAACUGCUCUGCUAGAGGGAAAACUUGCCGUUUUGUAUUCCAGAAUUGAAGAACUCAAGAGGCAGAAGAAGUGGUCAUUAAGACAGCCCAAGAAAUACUUUGAUCCUUUUAAGAAAACGCAAACGUCUCACUGGGAUCAUCUGCUGUCGGAGAUGAAAUGGCUUUCCACUGAUUUCAGAGAAGAAAGGAAGUACAAGAUGGUGCAAUGUUACUACAUUUCACAGGCUGUCACUGACUACUGGAAUUACGGAAAGGUAAUGUGUGUGAAGCGGAAGCCAAUUAAGCACCUCGAGCCCGAAGAGGAAGGUUCUCGUGAAGACAGUGGUGAUGUUGAUAUGGAAAAACCUGAGGGUGUAGAUGACAGAGUGGAGGAGGACGCACAGAUCGAGGAAGAUACCAUCGAUGUAUCCUUGCUACUACAGAGACCCGAUGCAAAUAACGAGAUUAUACCAAAAGAUCUUCCAUCAUACACUGAAGACGAGGUCAAGCAGCUGUUGACUGACGAUUCCGCCACACUACCGUUCAAGUUGUAUGCCAAUAUGGAGCAACUGAACGGAGUGAGUGCCUCAAUUCUGGAGAAAUUGCCUGUUUACGAACCAUUAAAGGAGUCUUCUGUUUCGCCAGAUACUUUCAGUGGUAUGCCUAUAGACCCUAUAUCGUCUUUGGUCUCACCGCUAGAUCAAGAUGAAGAGGAAUGGUACAAGCUUCUUUUCAAGAAGACCGAGGAACAUGAGAAGAACCACCCCGAUUAUCAGAAGGGAUUGUUCGGAGUGGCUACUCACAGACGUUUCACGUUGUUACGUCCACCACCUCCUCCUUCUAUUAAGAAUCUUGAAUUACGCAUUCCAACGAUAUGGCUUCCUCAGGAUGAUAAGCUUCUCAUUCGGUAUGUGACGGAAUACUCAUUCAACUGGGGUGUUAUAUCUGCCCAUCUAUCGCCAAAGCCAACGAGAAACUACACUUCUAACAUAGAGAGACGCACUCCAUGGCAAUGUUUUGAGAGGUACAUACAGCUCAACGACAAGUUUCAGUUCACUGACAUGCGUGGUGUGUAUGCAGCAGCAGCCAAGGAAUGGCUAGAAGCCGCACACAAAGCCCAAACAACCACCAAAAGGCGCAUUUCUCCUUUGGGUGUUGGUCCGGAAUCAAUCCAGAGGGGUCAUCGUCGUCUCAGGUGGGGUUCAAUGUUCGAUGCAAUCAGAAAACUGAUGAAGAAGAGGGAAAACGCUCCUAAGCCAAACACUCAGCCACGGCGUUCGACCAGCGACGAGAAAAGAAUGGAUACUCCAACUCCUGCUGCUCUUUCGCGGCUCAAAUAUGAGCGCGACAAGGCUAUUCAAGAGGCCUAUAUGCAUCAGACCAAUGCGAACGGCGCUUUCCCAAGAGCCCGUGUCGCGGGUGCUGCUGUUGCUCCGGUUGCCAGAGCUGCCCAGCCAGGUGUUGCAGGUCAAUCUGCUAUACAAGGAGUUGCUGGUGCGAGACCAGCAACUCAAGAUGGGGCCCAGAGGACUGCAGCUGUAGCCAGAGCUCCGAGUGCGGUAAGCGUGACACCUGCAAAUGCGGCUGCGGCGGCUGCUAAUAUUGCUCAAAGGCGUUUGAAUGGCCAAGGUGGCCCUCUUACAGGUCCUAAUGGAAUCCCGUACACAAACGAGCAGUUGCAGCAGUUGAUGCAACUACAGAAACAGAGGCAAUUGCUUCAAAAAUCUGGAGCAACACCACCCCCAGGAGCUGGUACCUCUGCAGCCACCCAUCCUAUUGCCGGCGGAGUUGUGAAGGCUUCUCCUAUCAAAACAGAUGGCCGGGUUCUGAACUUUUCAGCUCAACAGGUGUCUGCUAUAAUCAAUCAGAUUCAAUCGCAAAACCCGAAUAUGACCAAAGAGCAGGUGACAAAACUGGCUGCUGCCUAUAUCGCGUCGUUACAGCAACAAAGCCAGAAUCGCAACGCAGCAAACCAAGCAAAGAUUGCACAGGGCUCGGCAUCUGGAGAUGCGAAGAGUGAUGGUACUCCUACCGGCUCGCCUUCUCCAGUUGAUCCUUCUUCUCUCACUGCCCAACAGAGGUCGCAAUUGGCUCUGGCAAGGUCACAGCUACAAAGAAGACAGAUGAUGCUUCAGCAACAGCAGCAAUCUGCGCAGAUUCCAUCUGUAGCUUCGUCCCAAGUGGGGUCUCCUGUCAAUGUUCAUUCACCCAUCCAGUUGAAGAACACAGCUGAUGGCACCAAUUCGUCCACACAAUCAUCUCGCUCACCUGUAAAUGGAAGCACGGGAACUCGAACCAGGAGUGCAGGGAACCACGAGAAGUGA